CAGCCCGAAAGGCGAAAAGCGUCCAAUCAUUAUUCGGGAAAAACAAGCCUCGAAAAUUAUUAUGCGUUAAAUUAAGAAAAGAAAAAGAAGUCGAAAAAUAAUAACUUGGACGAAAUCCGUCGCAAUCCGGAGACCGAGAGACGAAGAAGAGAAGCAAUUUAGGAGUUGAUCCAAGUCGUCGAGAGCAACUCUCGCUCCACUCCCCUACAGCCAAAUCCUCCCCGCCCGCCCGCCCGCUAGCAAUUCCUCCCCGUUACCUGCUCUCAACAGCGAUUUGAUCGAGAUCGCCGGCCCAUUCAACCAUGCCGUCCCGACGAAGAACUCUCUUGAAGGUCAUCAUCCUCGGCGACAGCGGGGUGGGCAAGACUUCAUUGAUGAAUCAAUAUGUAAACAAGAAGUUCAGCAACCAAUACAAGGCCACAAUUGGAGCGGAUUUUUUGACCAAGGAAGUGCAGUUUGAAGAUAGGCUCUUCACUUUACAGAUCUGGGAUACUGCUGGACAGGAAAGAUUCCAAAGCCUUGGUGUUGCAUUCUAUCGAGGUGCUGAUUGCUGUGUACUUGUCUAUGAUGUUAAUUCAAUGAAAUCAUUCGACAAUCUUAAUAACUGGAGGGAGGAAUUCCUAAUCCAGGCAAGUCCUUCCGAUCCCGAGAAUUUCCCAUUUGUUGUUCUCGGAAACAAGAUUGAUGUUGAUGGCGGAAACAGCAGAGUAGUUUCAGAGAAGAAGGCUCGAGCAUGGUGCGCAUCAAAAGGAAAUAUCCCAUACUUUGAGACCUCUGCCAAGGAAGGCAUUAAUGUAGAGGAAGCUUUUCAGGUCAUAGCAAAGGAUGCCUUGAAGAGUGGAGAAGAGGAAGAAAUAUACUUGCCGGACACAAUUGAUGUUGGAAGCAGCAGUCAGCCUAGGUCCAGUGGAUGUGAAUGCUAAAUCCAGAGGCUUGUUUUCAUCACUCUGGAAGGAAUGCUAAAUCCAGAGGCUUGUUUUCAUCACUCUGGAAGGAAUCUAUCGUCUCGUCUCAAGUGUUACCAUGGAAAAGUGUUUCUGGGCGUUCCUCAUGGUGUGUAUGUGUAUGAGGGAGGAUACAUUUUGUACAUUAAUCUUCUCCGUCUGGUUCGCAAUUUGGCUUUCUGUUGGUCCUGUACAAGCCUGCUGUCACUUUGUUGAAAAGUCAUUUCUUUCUAGGCACUCAUCUUCUGAGUAUAGUCUGGUUAUAUAGUCUGUCUACCGUGUCCCUUUCCUCAUUAAGAUGCUAAUAAUUCUUCAUUUGAAACACUUUUGGGAUUACGUCUCGCUUCGACGUAUUAUAGGUGAAGUGUGAAAUAGAUUUAUGAUUGAUUGAUUGAUA